AGGCCCAGCCUGUGCCUUUUGGCGGCCUCUCCAGGCCCCGAACUUCCUCAGGCCGGCCCCUCCAGGCCCAGCUCCUCCUGCUUCCGGCUGUGGCCGCCGGCCCAGCCCCGGCCUCACGACAACCUCUUUGGACUCGGCUCCGGCCCAGCUCCCGCUCCGUGGCCUUUGGAGUCCCCAAACGUCCUGAAGCCGGUCCCUACGGUGGCCUCUGCGGGCCCGGCUCCUGCCCUCCGACAGCGUCUCCACACCCCAGACUUCCUCCAGCCAGCCUCUCCAGGCACAGCUCCUCCUGCCGGCGUCCUCUGCAAGCCCAGGCUGGCCUCGAGUCUCGGCCUCUCCACGGCCAGAGCUCCUCCUGCCUUUCGGCAUCUCCUCCGGGCACCGCUCCUGCCUCCCAGUGGCCUCGUUAGGCCCGGCUCAUUCGUCACGGGGAACGGCCUUUCCAGGCCCAGCCUUUGCCUUUUGGCCGCUUCUCCAGCACCCGAACUUCCUCAGGCCGGCCUCUCCAGGCCCAGUUGCGGCCUCUCGGCCUCCCGUCCCGGCCCAGCUCCUCCUGCUCCCGCCUCAAACGUCCUGAAGCCGGGCCCCAUGGUGGCCUCUCCGGGCCCGGCUCCUGCCCUCCGACAGCGUCUCCACGCCGCAGACUUCCUCCAGCAAGCCUCUCCAGGCCCAGCUCCUCCUGCCGGCGGCCUCUGCAUGCCCACGCUGGCCUCGAUCGGCCUCCGUCGGCCCAGCUCCUGCCUCUCCGCGGCCUCUCCAGCUGCCAGACUUCCUCAGGUCAGCCUCUCCAGGCCCAGCUCCUCCUGCUUGUCACUGUCCUCUUUAGGCCCAGCCAUGCUCACGCCUCUGGGCGGCCUCCUCACUCCCAGGAUUUCACCUCCAGUUGGCCUCACCAGGCGCAGCCUCCUGCCCCCCGAAAGCCUGCACGGGCCCAGCCUCUGCCUCCCAGCGGACUCUCCACGCCCAGCUCUCGCCUGACUGCGGCCUCCCCAGG